AUGGAAUCGGUGGCAGAUGAGGUCUUGAGGGAGGAUGCGGACGAUGGAUUCACAAUGCGUGGGGUAUCAUGCUUGGCUCGGGAAUACUCUGAGGAUAGGCUUCGCAAGCUUAUUCCCUUGAUUUUAUCUGAAGGGCACAGUUCUAAAGCAAUGGCAAAAGGUUGGGCAAAGUUAGAUCCGAAAGAACGUCGUCAUGGUGUUUUAAUAAGCGUUGCUGGAUAUCUCCUCGAAAAAAAAUGCCCAAAGAUCUGCAUGAGACUAAUAGAGUGUUGUAUCCAUGAUACACAUGUACCAAAUCCGGAAGAUAUUUCAUUGGCGAUAGAGUAUCUGGUUGCGUUGGAAUUUCGGGUUCGGAAAGGAAACAGACGGUGGUUACCACCACCGAGGGAAAGGAUUGAGAAAAGGGCUUCGAGGUACAUCGAGCUUCUCAUGCAAAUACUACAGAUAGACUACGGGGGGGCCCUCAGUGUACGGCAGUCGACGAUAUAUAGGCUUAUUCAGGGUGCAUCCUUGGAGGGAGUUGAACGACUUUAUGAUGUCGUCGAAAAGUCCAGGGUGAUUCUUACCACCGAUACUAUUUUACACUUCAUUCAUCGGUUAUCGGAGCCUGAGAGGUGGCCUAGAGCCUAUUCAAUCCUCGAAAAGCUUACGGGGGAUCCCAAAAGGGAUCUGAACCUCCCGCAGGUGUGGAAGGGAUUUCAGACGAUGUUCUAUAAAGCGACCUUCAUUGGCGAGGAAGAGAGCAGCAAGGUUAUCCGGAUGAUGCUCCAGUGCGGAAUUGGGCCUGGAAUAACCUCCUACAACAUACUCAUGAGCAAAGCUGUUCGCGAUAAUGACGAUAACAGCUUGACCGGAAUAUUUCGGCAGAUGAUUGAUAGCGGCUUAAGACCAUCGAUGGUUACAUUUGGGCUUCUUCACAAUUUCUACAAAAACAGAAACCAGGAGCAAGAACGGAUAAACGUCGUUCGGGAUGCUAUGCAGUUGGAUAGAAAACUCAACCGUGUCAUUGCCACAGACAUCCUACACGCUAAACUCAAGGCUACCGAACAUUACUUUCCGGUCCUGGAGGAAUACCUAAACCUUUUCAACCCGGGACCUCUCAUUCCCCUGGGGAUUGCCCCUGCGGAACUCGGUAAUCCACGGCGACAAGCCAUCCAGGACAGACUUGAGCCAAACCAUAAGACAAUUGCCGUAAUGGUCCAUGCAUUCACUGUUCAUGAGCAAGAUUCGUCGGCAGUAUGGACAGCCUACAAACGCUACCACAGUAUUGUCAAAAACGAAGAAAGUGAAUAUUGCGAACUCAUUCGUAAAGCCGGUUGCUAUAUACCGAAUUCCUACAUGUUUGCGCUUGGACAACAUGUGGGCACUCUUCAGUAUGCUGUGAUGAUCAUGGAGGAUAUGCUGAAGCCCAACUCCGUUAUUCACCCAAACGUUCAUUCUUGGUCAAUUUUAAUGCAUGCAAUGGCGAAGAAUGGGAAGGUCGAGCAUGCGGAACAAGUUUUAGGUGCGAUGCGGCGGAAAGGUAUCCAGCCAAAUGUUGUCACUUGGACUUCAUUGCUGUCAGGAUACGUGAGGGUUCAGAGUAUACGAAGGGCAGGGGAUGUUUUGCGAAGGAUGGAUGAACACAAUGUGAGGCCGAACAGCUACACUUUAAAUCUAUUAAAAAGCAUUGUUGAUUCAGACGAGCUUGCAAAAGGCAUGAUGUCAGACGGGGAGCCUGAGAAUCUAGGGGAACAAACGUUCAUGGAUAAUGAUGCUCUAGAAAUAAAGGAGGAGGGUCCGGAAGAUGUAAUAGAUAGGAAGAUGACGGAAGAUGAGAUCGAUAGGCUCCUGAUGAGGAAUGGAGGUGAGGCGAGCAGAGAUACGGAGCUAUCACAAAUGUAA